AUGAAAACAGGAAUAAAUGACAAUAAUGACGUUAAGCAAAAUGGAUAUGAUGAUAAAAGACAUUUUAAUGGAGAAAACGAAUUUCAUCAACAAAACUAUGAUCAGUUAAAACAGAAAACAAACAAUAGUAAUGAACAAGAGAAUAAAGAACAAGAGCAAAAACAUGAAAGAACUCCAGAACGAAAAUCACAUAAGUUGGAAUGGGGUUAUUCAAUUUUGAAUGGACCGACUACAUGGUCAAAAUUAUAUCCUGAAUUAAAAGCAAAACGAUUUCAAUCACCAAUUCAAAUCAAUACGGAUCAGACAACAUUUGAUACUGAAUUAAAAAACCAACCAUUUGUAUUUAAAUAUGACGAUGAUUGUUGUCAAACAUUAGAAAAUACGGGACAUUCAUUUCAAGUAUCGGGCAAAGGAAACAGUUGUAUCACUGGUGGACCAGUCAAAGAUGAAUAUCGAUUUUUACAAUUUCAUAUGCACUGGGGUGCAAAUGAUUUAGAAGGAUCAGAGCAUGUGGUGAAUGGCAGUCGUUAUCCAGCUGAACUCCACAUUGUCAAUUGGAAUACGACAAAGUACAGUGUACCUAAAGACGCAGCAGGAUCUGAAAACUUUGAUGGACUCAUGGUAUUGGGGGUUUUAGUUAAAAUUUCAUUUAAUGAUAAUCCUGAUAUGGAAAAAUUACUGAAAUUGUUCUCAAAAAUACCUUAUAAAGGUGAUAAAACAAACAUUGAUUCGACGCUCAGCAUGAAUUCAUUGUUACCAAAAGAUAUAUCCUCAUACUAUACAUAUAAUGGUUCAUUGACGGUUCCGAUGUGUGACGAAUCUGUUAAAUGGAUUGUAUUCAAAGAAAAAAUAUUUAUGUCAAGACGACAGCUUGAUCAACUUCGUCGUUUGAAACAUUGUUGUAAAUCUGAUGCACAUGAUCAUUCAAAUAUCUAUCUAAAUUAUCGUCCGGUAAUGCCUUUAAAUAAUCGAACAGUCUAUCGAUCAUUUCCAUAA